GCCAAAACACAUGCCAUUGAAAAAAACCCUGAAUAUAGAGGUUAUGCACUGAUGUCACGAUUUUGACCAGUCCCCGGAUGUUCCGCCAUGUUGGCGAUAUCAACCGAGUAAACAACGUGUUAGAGCAGUGUGGAAAAGAAUAUUUGUUUUGUAUUUUAAUCUCAACUCGUCUGAGAAUUCAAAAUGUGGGACAUGGCUAGUAAAAAAACCGAUAAAGUAGCAUGCAGCUAUCGGGAAAGCAUUGCAAAUGCCAAACGUUUAAGGUAUGAGGCAAAACUUGAGGUGAUCGGUGGUGCAGACCCGUAUGAAAUCCCAACGUCGGACUGGACAAUUAACAGACAAAGAACUCCUGCCGUCCAUAUCGUAUUUUGAUCUUUUGAACUAUUUAGUGUUUUCUCCAAGUCCCUAUACUAUGGAUGAUUUAAGGAGUUACAAGGGUAUGGAGGCCUACAACCAGUUUGUUUGUGGCUGGGUUCGGGACAAACGGGUGUGCCUAAGAAAGGAACAUUGUGUCGUCUCAGCAAAGGUGAUGCAUUCCCAGAGGAUGACAGCAAAACCACUGAAUCCUUGGAUUAUUGCCGAAAAGGGAGGUCGUGUUUUGGCUGCUCAUUGUGAUUGCAUGGCCAGCCUUGGUCAAGUCUGCACUCACGUAGCAGCAUUACUGUUUCCUAUUGAGGCAACAAUCAAGAUUCGGGAUUCAAAAACCAUUACAGAUGAAAAGGCAUAUUGGCUGUUACCCGGAGGUGUAAAAGGGGUAUCAUACCAGGAACUACACAAUAUAGACUUUACUUCUGCAAAGACCAAGAAGAAGGUGCUUGAUGCUUCAUCCUUCAUUAGUUCCAGUCUACAGUGUUAAGACAAACAAGGUUCCUGUAGCAUCAAAGGAAGACAUGCUUGCAUUUUGUUCCAAGUUGCAUGGCACAGGAAGACGGGCAGGUAUCUUGGCUACAAAUUCCCCGUAUUCAGACAAUUAUAUACCAAAACCAAUGAAAGACAAGUUUUCAAGUGUGCUGACAGAACUAUUUCAGGAACAGUGUUAUGACAUGAACUAUUGUCAGCUAGUACAAUAUUGUGAAACAAUGAGCAUAACUGUUUCGGAGGCAGAAGCAAAGGCUGUAGAAAGUGCAACACGGGACCAGGCUGCUUCCAAACUGUGGUAUUGCUUUAGAACUGGUAGGGUAAUGAAGGCUGCUUUCACCACUGAUCCGGCAAGUCCAGCCCUAAGUUUAAUUCGCAGUGUUUGCAAUCCUGAAAGUAUGAAGUUUUCAACCAAAGCCACACAGUGGGGUUGUGAACACGAAAAGGUGGCACGGGAUAAAAUUUUUGAGAAAAUGACCGAGUUGCAUGAUGGAUUUCAAUUACUAGACAGUGAACUUGUAAUAAACCCAGCUUUUCCUCACAUUGCAGCAUCCCCUGAUGGUAUGGUGUCUUGUAAUUGUUGUGGGGAAGGGUGUUUGGAGAUUAAGUGCCCCUUUUGUAAGUGAGACCAAACAAUGCAUGAUUCAGUUGACAAACAGUUUUGUUUACAGACAGGUGAAGAUGGCACUUUGAAGUUAAGCAAGCAACAUGCUUAUUUUUAUCAAGUACAAACUCAACUUGCUGUUUGUAGACGAGAGUUCUGCUACUUUGUUGUGUGGACUGAACAGGAUAUGCACGUGGAAGUUGUGUCAUUUGACAGUGACUUUUGGUGUCGUGUUUCCACCAAAAUAACCCAUCUGUUCCAGACUGCGAUCUUGCCAGAACUUGUGGGAAAAUUUUAUUCCCGUUUACCUAAUACAAGCCGAACCUUAAAACCAAUUUGCCAAAACUCUGCAAGUGAUGAGGCUUCAACUUCAACCAGUAGAGAUUUACUAUAUUGCUAUUGCGAACAGAUUGAACAUGGGGAUAUGAUCGGAUGUGAUCAUGAAAACUGUGCAAUUAAGUGGUUUCA